GUUCUGUAUCCAAGAUGGCGGCCAACUUUGCACGUUUUGCGGCGCGAGGAAUAAAUUCAUCUUUCAGGAAUAAAUCGGGAUUAUGUUCACGGGAAGCGGCGAGACUGACGAGCUCUUGUUUGGUCCGGCAUUCAAGAGUUUUGUCCAGCGUUCAAGUUAUGCAACCACAAACUACCAGCCUGGUCCAAAUAGCAUCAAGAAAUUUUUCUCAAAACACUGUACCAAUCAUCUGUAACAUUACUGCUAAAAUAAUCAGCAAUACAAGUGGAACAUCAGAAGCAUUGGAAGAAAGCUCUGGUGAAUGUGAAGAUGAGGCUACGAAUGGUAGAAAACGCAUAAAACCCCAUGAACUUCAAAGAGAUGAUCCAUAAAAUUGGUCAUCUCUUUAUUAGGACUUCGCUAUAAUUCUACAAGUUUUUAUGGUCAUCUUUGUUUAAGUAUGAUUUUAUCCUGGUGGAUUUCAAUCAAGAGAUGUCAUCUACUGCAGCCAAGAUUCUCCAUAUCUGGUUUAAAAAUGUGCUAAACCACUUCUGAUAUCUUUCUAUUUUUUGGCCCACUCUCUUUAUGGACCAUUACGUCUAACUUUCUAGUGUUUUAUUGUCUUAAAUCGUGUUCCCAUUUUAUGUUUAGAAAACCUUAAGCAGAUUUAGCGUGGCUAAAGACAUUAUAAACACCAUAUUAAGUAGUACUUUGUUAUAUAAGACAUUAUAUCAUAUGAUCCGUAUGGCCCUGCCUUGCAUGCCCUAAUAAAACCUUUGGAAAAAGUCACAUGAUAGGAACCAGGCGGGUUAAUAUGGGCAGGCUGGAAAAACCUGUCUUCCUCAUUUACGAACACAGUAUUUAUCAAUUUUAGCAGGAUUUUUCAACCUUUUUUACAACAAAAUUUGGGUCAUGUGAUAUAAAUGCUCGACUUUGUUAGGUUGGACCAGAUCAGUAAAUAUUUGGCUUUUGGCCGUUUUUACGGCAUGACCUCGAGGCAAAUAUUUUCCCGUCCAGCUCUCCUACUCAGUCAAUAAGUAGAUAAUAUUAUGCUUUCAUAUCAGUUCAGCCUGUUCCAGAUGCCACACCACUCAUGUGCUGAAUUCAAUAGAUCACUUUACCUUGCAUAUAAUGUUUUCCCAUUUCAGACCAUGUGACAUUCUCUUGAGAAUAAGAUUCUAGAUUCUUUGUGUGAGUUGUAUCAAUUUUAAUGUGGGUAAAUCUUCUCAUGCUUAAACAAAGAAAUGAUACUCCCAGGAAUGAAAUGUGGUUUAAAAUUGGUAAACAUAACACCAAAACUAAAGAGGAUUAUUGAAUCCCGUGAGAGUAUAGUUUAGUAUAUUGACCCCCAGUUUGGGUAGUACGAGGUAUCUACACCCAGGGGGAAGACUCCAAGGUAAAAGUAUCAGGUAUGCUCGUUGUAUCUCUUAGGUGUAAUACUCAGCAAUUUGGUAUCUUUUAGGGUGUUAAAAUUUCAGUACAAUUUGGUAUCUGUUAGGGUUUAAAAAUUGCCCAACCACACCCAAGCUUUUGGUAUCUUUUAGGGUAUUUUUGAAAAUUUCCAACGAGCAUACCUUAUACUUUUACCCUGGAGUCCCUCCCUUCCGGGAUCUACAAACGUCUAUCUUGGUUCUUAGUUUCUGUCAUAAUUUCUAUAUUUGUAAGUUUGAAUAUAUUUGUGAAAGUAAGGAGACAAGAUGUACUGAAAUAAAAAAUCCAGCUAAAGAGAA